CGCUUCACCGCUCAGCCUGUGGUUUACUGCCAAAUCAACGACGGGUUUUUUAUUUACAUGAACAGAAAAUCGUAAACUUGUGCUUCUUGCGAACGAGUUGAUCGAAAAACGCAUCCAAGAGUAGGCUGAUAAUGGAGUCGUAUGAUAUUAUAGCCAACCAGCCGGUUGUGAUUGAUAAUGGUUCUGGUGUUAUUAAGGCUGGCUUUGCUGGAGAUCAGAUCCCUAAAUACUGUUUCCCAAAUUAUGUUGGGCGACCCAAACAUGUUCGGGUGAUGGCUGGUGCCCUUGAGGGGGAUCUUUUUAUUGGACCUAAAGCAGAGGAACACAGGGGACUGCUGUCUGUGCGAUAUCCUAUGGAACACGGUAUUGUGAAGGACUGGAAUGAUAUGGAGCGCAUCUGGCAGUAUGUGUAUUCAAAGGAACAGCUGCAGACCUUCUCUGAGGAGCAUCCUGUACUACUGACUGAAGCACCACUGAACCCCAGUAAAAAUCGUGAACGGGCAGCAGAGGUUUUCUUUGAGACCUUCAACGUACCAGCACUCUUUAUCUCCAUGCAAGCAGUGCUUAGUUUAUAUGCCACAGGCCGAACCACGGGUGUGGUCCUGGAUGCUGGUGAUGGGGUGACACAUGCUGUCCCCAUAUACGAGGGAUUCGCUAUCCCACAUUCCAUCAUGCGUGUGGACAUUGCUGGACGUGACGUCUCCCGAUACCUCCGCCUGCUUCUGCGCAAGGAAGGCUAUGAUUUCCACACUUCUGCAGAGUUUGAGGUCGUGCGCACCAUCAAAGAGAGAGCUUGCUACCUUUCUCUCAACCCUCAGAAGGAUGAAACUCUAGAAACAGAGAAAGCACAAUACACUCUUCCUGAUGGAAGCACUCUAGAUAUUGGCCCAGCGCGUUUCAGGGCUCCUGAGCUUCUCUUCAGGCCUGAUCUGAUUGGAGAUGAGAGUGAGGGUAUUCAUGAAGUGUUGGCUUUCGCCAUUCAGAAGUCAGACAUGGAUCUGCGACGCACCCUUUUCUCAAACAUAGUGCUUUCUGGUGGCUCAACACUCCUUAAAGGUUUUGGAGACAGGUUGUUAAGUGAAGUGAAGAAACUUGCACCCAAAGAUGUUAAAAUAAAGAUAUCGGCACCACAGGAGAGACUUUAUUCCACAUGGAUAGGGGGAUCUAUCCUGGCAUCACUCGACACCUUUAAGAAGAUGUGGGUCUCCAAGAAGGAAUACGAAGAAGAUCGUGCCCGUGCCAUCCACAGGAAGACAUUUUAAAUGGGGGUAAAGGCUGCAGACUCCCUCAUCUCUGCGGUUUCACCUCCCUCUCCUCUCUCGCUUGGCCUCCUUCUGUUCCUCUUGACAACCCCCCAGCCCGGGCCUCCAAUCUGCAGCUAGGCAUGCCUACGGUGUCCACCUGCCCAGCUCUGGUACGGACACCUGCCGGGAGUGGAGCAAGGUUUGGCCAGGCAUUCCUCGUCCGCACCCAUUUAAGCCCAUCAAACACCAAAAAUAUAUUUUCAGGGCAUCAGUCAAUACUGUUAACUAUUGUUUCAUUUGAGGCUUGUGCUUAAAAUCAGUGCUUAAAUAUUUAUUACGCUAUUUACCCUGCCCUUUAUGAUAUUGUCAUAUCUAUUCUAAUGAAACAUGAAGGUGAAUGUUUUAAUCUGUUUUAAGAAUUUAUUUCCAAAACUGAACAUAUCUGCAAUUUUCUUAUAUUUCACAAGUAGAUGACAUCAUGUCAAAGUCAAAAUAGUAUUUUUAUCUUUAUUCAUUUGACUUUGCUUGUUAUUGUUUUUGGGGUGUUAAUGACAAAGAUAAACUAUAGAUAAAGGCAUCGCUCACCACUACAACAAUUCACUGUAAUGGACACUACUGUGUUUGCUGUUUGUACCCUCCCCCCUUGAUUGUUUUAAGGCUGAAACCACUCAAGCUCAAGGGAACUACAUGUAUACUUAAAUACGAAUUAGACAGUAGGUAGCUAGAUUUAUUGCUGCUUAAAAAUUUUGACAAGUGUUAUUCUUCGUAUACAGCACAUUAACGUGGAACCAUCGGUUUAUACGAAGGGCAGAGUGUAUGGAACGUCUUUGGGUUCUGCUGUUUACUGACUUUUUGUUUAUACGUUGCUUUCCAAGAAUUCAGUUUAUCAGCUUUAAGUUAUAGAGCGUAAGUAUGUUGUUUCAUCGAUUAUGUCUCAAGUUACCGCACAGAUAUUGACUUGAUGCAAGCAUUGGCCCUUUUGCAGUAGGCAUAGCUGGAAUAAAUCAGUCCACUGAACGUUUUACUGCAUUUCCCAUUCAUCUAGUGCUCAUUCUGUCAUUUCAAAAAGUAGAGCAUUUGACUGAAUCUUUAAUUAAAUCGUCCAGUGAGUGUCUUGGAAUUUAUAAGGCUUUUAUGUUGCCAUACGACACGUCAUCAUUGUGGCACUGUUCCAGUGUAAAUUCAGAUUCUCCCCAAAUUCCAGAUUAGUGCAUGAAAUCAACUGAAUGACUGAGAUUGUGUGUUUCAAUGUAAAAUCUAAUUUAACCUGGAUAUAUAGGGCAGAGGGUGGCCAACUGGAUUUAGAAGCUAAUGGCUCUUCUGGCACUAUUAUUUCUUAGUCUAGUGCUUGUUGAAAGAGAACUGCUCUAUAAUGGGAUUGGUAGCAGGGUUGCUUUUGAGUCCAAUUUGUCCAACCUAAGAUUUGCCUUACUCCAAUGUCAUCAUUGGAAAGUCAGAGCAUCUUGGUUGCUUUUUUUUUUUUUUUUACUAUAUAGAAAAA